AUGCUGCCGAACAACCAAGUCCGCGUCUCGUCGACGCGAGUCGUUUCGCAAACUGUUUGCAGCGACAUCACCGACAAGUUCACCAACGCUGCCUCGAAGUUAAGCACAGGUCAACUAGUCAAAGAUGAGUACUUUACGCUGUUCGAGGCGGUGGGUGCAUUGGAGAUCAUGGACUCGAGGAUGGACAGCGGAUAUAUUGGCCCCGGGGAGAACCAAGCUCAAGCCUUAGAAGACGACUACGAUGUCACACGAGAGUUGACGCCGGAAGAAGUAUUGGGUAUUAUGGACGAAUUGCUUUGCCAUGAGAUGGCAUGGCACAUGGGUCACCCGCUCUCCCAAACACUCUUUACAUCGCUGUACCUUGACAAGUUAUUAUGGCCAGUACCAAAGACUGUCGAGGAGGCUCGAUUCGACCGCGCGAACAUGAAUAGCGAAAAGGAACGGUCGCCAUUAUUACAUCUUGUCCUGCGUGCAUACUGUCUGGCCUUGGUCAAGGCUUGUGACUUUGUCCAUGACCGCAUUGCUCACGAAUAUUACUAUGAGGAGGAAGAUUUCGUGACCCAGCUCUACAAUCGCACACUCUUAUCACAGUUUGACAUGACACACUUUGUGAAGUUAAUCGACCAGGCGAUUUUGUGGAUUGAUCAGCAGAAGGGCACGAUUGACGAUGAAUUGCGAGAUGCUAUCAAAUGCAGACUCUCUCUUCGACGCGGUUUGCUUCAUGCACUAGAUGAAGAUGAGGAUAUCAAGACAAAAUCGACGGAGCAUUUUACAACUUGCUUGCCCCAUGUAUCCUCGUUGUCAGAAUCCAGCUCGCUAGGAAAGCAGAUACCUGAAGCUUUUAGCGAAAAGAUUCAGCGAAAAUUGGCUAGCACGGUCCCUCCCCGGCCCAUUGUGAGGAUCGACUUUGAAGACGCGCUGGUGCAUCUGAAACGGUUGUGUCAGGACGCUAUUGACCUUAGAGAGGUUCUCGAUUAUCGUGGGCCUCAUAAUUUCAGAGUCGCUAUCUGGACCUUGUUGUCUAGAAAGCCCCAGCCGUCUGUCUAUAUUCGAGCACUCACCCAAGCGCUCCUUGUCAACAACACAAACGUCCUUGGGUCUAUUCAGGUUAAAGACUUUCUGUAUAGUGACCUGAUGGAGCUUGUCUUUCCAUCCAGUGUGCUUCUUCAAUCGAAUACUGAUGAAACGGAGAUGCCUUCUGAUCCACGAUUCCAAAUCGCUAAGCAUAUGGAUGGGUUUGUUAAGCGGUUUGGGCAGCCAUUUGUGGAUACAUAUCGAUGUGCCUGUCUCAACCGAUGUCGCGUCCGUCGCACACUCUGCCAUACUGUACUUGACUGGGAUCAACUGCAAAUGGAGGCCGAAGAUCUCGAUGAGCAACUGCGCACUUUGAGUCGAGAGCCACCCCUACCCCUACCCAACGGCGAUACCACCUACUCCUACCCUCUUAGCAGCUGGACAUAUCAUCAGAAGUUAUGUCAAUUCCGCUUGAUCAUCCAACUUGGAUUUGAGCUUUCGAUAUACUCGCCAGAAGAACUCCCUGGGAUGUAUUGGUAUCUAUCACACAUUUGCUCGACGCAUCUGGGCCAUAUAGACCGGAUUCGCACAUUCAUUGCUUCUACGGCUAAGCGCAACCUCUCAUCAUUAAUCGGAAAGAAGCGGCAUGUUCUCGGGCAACAACUUGCCGCCCAAAGAUCUCUCCGGCUGUUGGAACGAAUAACCACGCAGGUUGUCGCGAUUGACGCCUUUGCGAUCUCGCUGCAUGCCCUGUAUGUUCUCCUCGUCCGUCACAACAUCCUUCCGACCGCUUCAUCUGCGCAAGCAUAUUCUAGCGAAAGAUUACGGUACGAACUCCGCAUGAAACCGUUUUUGCCGGUCUCACUACCGGAAUUAGUUCCGUACGAAGAAUUCCGUCGGGAAGCCGUCUUGGAGGGCGAUAGUGACACGAUCGUCCUGGACCGUGCGACGCGCGCCAUCUCGGAAGCGCGAAAAGCUUGGGAGGCCACCCUCGCUCACGGGCCUUUCCUCCCCGACUCUGACGGAAAGGUCAACAAAGCUCCGGCCAUUGAGGAGGACUGGAAACGGGACAUCAAAGAUACCAUGAAGGCGUGUAUCGGGGCAAGUAUUGCCAUUGAAAGUGUGAAGAAGGCAUUAGCUGGACGUAAAGAUUUAUCAGAUCCACCGUCCACACCAAUUGGUCUCCGCGUUGAGAUUCCCGGAAUUGGUUCGAAGGCCCGAUGGCAUGACUGGUGGGCAGUACCUCAGGUAUCUCCGGCCAAGUGA